GCACUCUGUGAAGGUGGAUGUCUCCAAUGAACUGUGAAAACAAUAUCGGUUUCGACACGAUACAGCUGUUGUGCGUGUGUGUGUUUAUCUGUUUGAUAAAAAAAUGAGCAUGUUAUCCUUUUUUAUGAUUUCUCCCCUCAAGGGGAUGUUUGGGGGAUGUUUGUGCACGAGGAAGAAAUAAGAGCGAGCGCGAGAGGAGAUACGCAUCGAUAGAGAGCAGUUUCUAUUGCCUAAGAGCGCAUGAUGGAGAGCAACGGCCAGUAUACGGUGAGAGUUGUUGUAGAAAAUGAAAAAGGAAACAAACCCCAGCCAGUAUGUGUUCCCGCCCCAGCCAAAGUGUCUGGGUCCGUUCCGUGUAGUACUGAGGUGAUAGUGUUGCCGUGCGAAAGUACCCUCAUCGGAGGAUAGAUAGACUGGGAAAAAUCUUUCAGCAGCUACUGCUGCCAGGUGGAAAAUUACCUUCCAUCGAAGGAUGAUGCUAGUGUGCCAUUUUUACUGCUCUCAGCAAAUUUGAGAACGGUAGUAGCUCAUACACCAGUGACCAUAUUGCUGCAAAAAGUGUUUUCCUACGCCGUGCCUAGAGCCGUGCAAACGGUUGCAUAUUAGGAGUUGGCGUAAAAGAGAAACGAUUCCGCCCUCAUCUUGGCUAGUGUGACCUAAGAACUUUGAUGCAUGGUGAAAAGUUAACGUGUUGAUGUGGAAUGAAGGUGGCGAGUUGUGGAAUAAUGGUGAAAUGCUGCCAUCAUUCCGUUGUUGGCACAGUGGAAGAUAUAAGUUAACCUCAGUUGUUAUAAGCUAAUAUAAAUUAGUUGAAAUCCGGUUCGUGUGCCACACUAUGCAGUUGGAAACACUCUAACAACCAUUCGGUUGUGUCUCUCUAAAAGGAAAAAUGAAAAAGGGUAAACUCUUCACACUCAUCUUGUUUGUGAAGAUAAAACUGGAGAGAGUGCGAAAUGACGCUUAAAAAAGAUGUAUUGUUUAGUGCACUAAUAAAACAAUUUAUAUGGAACGUAUUCGUGGUGCAAUUACCUCGUGAGAAAAUGGUAACCCGAACGUAGCGCCACUACGCCAAUAUUGCGGAUGCAUGUUUAACGCGUUGACUGUAUGUGUGUAUAUGGUAUGUGGUGAUAUGAGAUGGCCGUUAAAGGACAUUGCGAUGCUGUUGCUUCCCUCGACGCUUCUGUACGUCAAAUGAGAACAGUCGCGGGUGGUAGUGGUCUCACUGUUUCAAUCGGGCUAGGUGGAAAUGCAGAUUUCAGGUUAAAAAGUUAUCACCGUCAACAUUUUCAACGUUUUAUCAUCUGAAAGGCGUGCAUCACAACGAUCAAGACCAAUCGAAAUAAGUUAACAUGUGAUUCCUGCUCAACCGAAUAAGAUUAACGGACAAUCGAUCAACAACUACUAGACGGUGCCAUAUAUUGCUAGAUUGCAGAUGUCUGAUCUGCGUUGUUCUUGAAUUUAGAAGAGUGCAACACUUCAAUAGAAGCGGUGGCUGCGAGAGGAGAUGCAUUUUUGGAUUGAUAAACGAUCGCAAGCGUGUGGUUUCGGCAGAGCCCGAGUGGCAGCAUCUUUGUCCAGUGGUGGUGGUCUGGGCUUUGGCCACCCGCGACGUGUGCCCCGGAAAUCAAUGGUCACCCCAAUACAUCGGUUUCAAACGGUUGACUGCAGCCGGCCUCACUUUCAUCGCCAGCAGCAGUCGCAACAGCAGCAGCAUCAAUCGCAAACGAAUCCGUCUAUCCCAGGAGCCCAUCAUUCGUCCACACAAAACCAACAGUCGACAGCUCAUCAGCACCAGCAGCCACAGCUACAACAUCAGUCGCAAACAAAUCAACAGCAUCAUCAUCACCAUCCACAUCAUCCGCACCACAAUCAAGCUUCUGCGCAGCAGCAAUCGCAAGCGAGUAAUCUACAGCAGCAACAGGUACAUCAGGUGCAGCUACACAUCAGUGGUCAGUAUAAUCCCCAGAGCAGCAUUUUGCCAGCGCCAUCGCCUUAUCCACAGUCGAGUCCAAUUUUACAGCAGAGCUCUUCACCGAAUGCUCUGAACUACCACGUACCUGUGUCGAUGAACCAUAUAUAUAGUGCAUCAACACAAUCGUCUGGAGCUGAAAUCGAGGGAAUCAGCAAUGCUGGACAGCAAGCACAACCGCACGUGGGACACGAUGCACAACUGUUGCCGGCACACCUCAAAUGUGGUAUGUGGGCAUCGUUAGCUUUAGCCACUGUAUUUGUAGCUGGAGCAAAGUUUUAUUUCGACCAUCAGGGCACCGGCCUAGAAGUAUUAAUUUUCUGUGCAUUUUCGGCGACAUUCUUUUUGGCGGCUUGUACCGUGUCGCUCUGGAGACGUCCACGGGACAUCCAAAUCUCUGGCAACAAUGUGAUAUCGGAAACGAUUUCGAACGCAGAACAAAGCUCACUACAGAAUCCAGAGUUUCUGAGCAGCAAUCCUUCGCCCCUGCUUAAUGGUACUGCCGGAAGUGUGCCGCUGGGUGGAUUGGUCCCUGGAAAUAUCCAACAGGCUUCAUUAGCAAGCAUAGUCGCUCCACCGCCACCGUAUCAUAUAGCGAUUCUCCUGCCCGAUAACUCGAAGGAUGCGGAGGAAACUCCUCCCCCGUCCUACGAUAAAAUAAUUAUUUAAUGUUAAUCUUCGGGCAUCGGAGAUCCGCGUUGAAAGUGCCAUUGUGUAAUCCUUCAAUGUCUUUGGUGGUAUUCAAAAGGCAACUGAUUUAUUCAAUAUUCAGUGUACGUAAAACGUAGCUGGAAAUUAGUGGGAAAGACAGGUGCAAUAGUCAACUCGACGCGUGUAGUUAUUGCUUGUGUAGCAUUAGAGUACGGCUAUUUUUUACUUUUAAAAAUUAAAAGACAAUGAAGCGAAGCGAUAAAUAGGACAGCUGCGAUAAGUAGGAGAACGUUAGUGGCAUCACCAUUCAAAUCGUGACACAUGAUAAUUUCAUGGAAAAGCUAUUCAAAUAACGAUACUGAUUAUUUAUAAAUAUAGUUAUGUAUCAUAGGACGCAUUCAACAACUAGUUGUAAAAUUUUGCGAUUAUUCAAAGCCUAACAAUCGUAACGCUAGUAAGGGUACAGACAAAAAAUAAAGUAAAGAUGCUGAUAUUUUUGACACUAAUAACGUGGAACGCAGACACUUUGAGCAAAUUUCGAACAGUGCUCCGAUAUGUCUAGCUGUAGCGUGUAUUAUUUAAUAUAAUUACAAUUAUAUAGCAAACGGGAAACAAAAGUAUUAAGCGAUAUUCUCUUUAUUUAUACUGAAGAUUGAUCGUACCGUAUGUUUUAAUAAAACUUUACCGACGUAAACAGCGGUCGCUUAUGUUUUUUUUUCACAGCAAAUAUGAAACAAAUGGUGA